AUGUCGUCCAACAACGACAAUGCCAUGGCCCGAUUCCUGUUUGCAAUCCUGCAGCAGAAAUGCCUGAAGGAUAUCGACUGGAACAAGGUGGCCCAUAAUCCGAUCCUGGCCCAGGAGAUCACCAACGGACAUGCCGCCCGCAUGCGCUACUCGCGGUUCCGCGCCGCCAUGCUAGGCCUGGAGCCGCAGCGCCGGAACCGUGCUAAUCCCAGUAGCAAGUCGCGCGUCUCGAAGAAGAAGAAUGACGAUGCUGUCCGGCCCAAGAAGGAGGAGGACGAGGAGGAGAAGAGGAGUGGCAGCGGAAUCGGCAGCAUUAAACGCGAGAACACCGCCCACGCCGACACGAAACCCGUCAAGACCGAGCGACGCAGCAUUGCCAACCCGUCGGCGGCCCCGCGUCAGCCUCCCGCGCCUAUGGCCACACCAGGUAUGAUGAAGACCGAGCCGGGUCUUGCCAUCAUCCCCUUCAACCAGAACGUGCAGCAGUCGUCAGCCCUCCAGACCACCUCGCCCAGAGUCAAGCAGGAGCGCACCCAGACCGCCACCACUAAUACCACAGCCGCGAUUCCUGAGCCGUCCCCCUUCGGCGUCGUCUCAACAACCCCGACGACAAGCUCGGCGUCAUCGACCCCGUACAUUGACGGUCAUCACCGCAUGCAGAUGCGGCUCAUGACCCCCUGCAGCGACUCAGACGGCGUUGGAAUGCAAGGCUUCCUCCCGCACAGCCCGGGCCCGUCGGCGAGCGACCUGCUCCACACUCAACAUCAGCAUCAGCCUCAUCAGCACACAGUCGGUGCUGGGUCUCCGCCUCUCUCCACGGCUGCACCGUCGCCGUAUGACUUCUCCCAGUGUCUCGACGUGGCCGGCUCGCCAUCCCCUUGGCACUCGCAGCACAGCCAUGCCCAUCACCACCAUCACCCUGCGCACGGCCUGCCGCACAACCCGGCUUAUACUACGGCUGGGGCUGGGUUUGCGAUCGGAGCCGGGGUCGGCGGCUACGCUCUGGAGGACGCCGGGUACAACAACAACAACCCGUUCUGUAACGAACACCACCAUCAUCACCACGAUCAUGACCACGGCGCACACCACCACAUCAUCGCCGACCCCUUGGGACUGCACAGUGGGACCGGGGGAACAAGUCUGUUUAGGGAGAGGGAGCUUGAGCUGCAGAUGGACCGGAUGGCUAACAAUACACUUGGGGGAGGCCCGAUGGCGAAGCAUGAAUGGGAGGAAGGCUUUGACGGGAUCUGA